AUCCUCUCCCAAAUUAAACAUCAACUUAAUAACCAUCGUGUCUGGAUUGAACGUGCACCUGGAUAGUAACGGAUAUUCAGUUUUUCAUCUGCGCAAACAGCUCAGCUUAGCAGUGUAAAAGGUCGCGAGGUGCCCAAGAUGGCGACUGUUUGAAGUUCACAUUUUGUACGUUCAUGCAGAAGCAUCCCAUGCUAACACCACAGGGCAUCGGUUUAUGCUGUGACGAAGGCACCAGUCCUGCCCACUGUCCUGCAUGGCUAUGGCAAAGGACCAGCCAAACGUGUUCGACCUUCUCCCUCUGUUGGGGUCCACAGACUUAAGUGAGCUGGAGCAAGUAAAAAACCUGCUCCAGGAAACUCUCAGCACAGAUAAAGGAGCUUUGUUGCUGAAUAGUCUUGUGGACUAUUUCCUGGAAACAAACUCACCUCAAGCUGUGGACAUUCUGUCUUCUGUCAGAGAGCCCCAUGAUAAGCAUCUUUUAGAUAAGAUGAAUGAAUGCAUGGGCAAGCAGAGCAGCCGCCUCUCCACCGUCACCCUCUUUGGCCAUGUUGUCCGCAAGCAGCCACAAUGGAUCCACAAGAUUGCACGCUUCCCUUUGUUUGCUUCACUUCUCAAAUGCCUCAAGGCUGAUACGGAUGUAGUGGUUCUCAUAACUGGCAUUCUGGUGUUGAUUACUCUUCUACCCAUGAUUCCUCAAACCAACAAACAGCUCCUCUGUGAAUUCUUUGACAUCUUUGGACGGCUUGCUGCUUGGAACCAACGGCACCCAGGUCAUGCUCAGGGAGUGUACGCAGUCCAUCUUCAUGCCAGUGUAUACUUACUUUUUCAAAGACUGUAUGGCAUGUACCCCUGCAAUUUUGUUUCCUACCUGCGUGCCCACUACGGCAUGAAGGAAAAUGUUGACACUUAUGAAGAAGUAGUUAAGCCCAUGUUAGAACAUGUACGAAUACACCCCGAGCUCAUCACCGGAACCAAAGAUUAUGAGGUUGAUCCAAUAAGAUGGAAGAGAUUCGAGCCCCAUGAUAUAGUGAUUGAAUGUGGCAAAGUUUCCCUUGAUCCUAAAGAGGCGUCAUGUGAAGAGGGCUACUCUUCUCUGUCUGAUCACGUACCACGACGUCCUGUAGACCACAGCCGAUCCUGUUUGGAGCUCAGUAUCCACGAAAUGACCCCUGUCACACCAAUAGCCACUGUCCGCCAGUCUCUUUCUCGGUCUUUACCAUAUCUCACUGCAACCAAGGACUCUGGUUCCAGGACACAGACUCCCAACCAUCAACAAAGUGAUGAAAUGAACUCAUCAGGAGUAAAGGAGGUGAUGUGGAGUCCUUCCUCGCUCUGUGGGAUGAUCACCCCUCCCAGUUCCAGAAUGUCCCCUGCCACCAUUUCCGAAGCCUCACAUAGUGCCUCCAGCCUCUCAGGACGAAUACCCAACACGCCAGUGGAUCCAAAAUGGUCCCUGUCUCCCUCAACCCCUUCGGGGUCAUCUCCUCUCCCAUCAUUCUCAGAGGAACUAGGGCAGCCUGGCCAAAACACCAGCAGUACUCAGGUUAAGGUAAAUCCAGCGGUCAAAGAGCAGAAGAAAGUCAUUCCCAGAAGUAUUGAUAACAACGGAGGCGCUAGUGAUGCCAAGAGUCCAGUUUCAUUGGCGCAGCUCUCCGAUAUUGUCAAGAGGACAGGCGAGGAGAGAGAGGAUGAUGCUAUCACAGAGGAGAUUUUGAGCCUGACCCAUGGGAGACCAGAUUUCGUGGCAAGGCCCAGCUUGGACUCCUUUUUUUCUGGUUCCUCGGACACCCUGCUCUCAUCUCACCCCAGCGACGAACAGAAUUUAGUUUCCACGCCCGACAGGGGUGACACCUCAGUCAAAGGAGGAGAGCAACAACCUCUGUGGCCCCUCUGGCCUGCUUUAACCCCAAUAGAAAAUGGAAAGAGCGCUCUGAGUAAAUGUUCCCUCUCUGAUCUGACGAAGGAACCUAUGCCCUACGAGCCGCUGUUCGACCUUGCCUUGCCUAAGGUGGCAUCUCUGUUUUUGGAAAGGAAGACUGCAGAGGCCUUGCAGAGGGCAGAAGGCGAGAAGGAGCUGCAUCGCGAAGAGAUGGAGGGGGAGGAUCUUUCUGCCACUUCUCCACUGGAGGUGUUGGAUCGUGUUAUUCAGCAGGGCUAUGACACUCAUGAAAAGGUGCUGAAAAGAGCUCUGGCCUCCCAAAACCAGUCGGCAGACCCAUACUCUGGAGGUAAACAACAUAGCAAUAAAGGAAAAGGUCCUGCAUCUGCAGCAUCAGAUGAGCUGGGAAUGUUGCGGAGUCAGCUGCUGUUGCUACAUAGCCAGCUGCUGUAUGAGAGACAUAAGAGAGAACAGCAUGCCCUUAGGAACCGUCGUCUGUUUGGCCGUAUUGUCAAUGCUACUGCUCUGGAAGAACAGAACAACUCCAUGAAAACCCAACUCAAGCUUCAGGAUGUGGAGAUGCAGGCUAUGCAGGUGAGCCUGCAGGAAGAGCAGCGGCGUUCCAAGCACAUGCGUGAGGAAAGAGAGGCUCUGGUAAACCAGCUGCAGGCACAGAUUCAACAGCUGCAGCAGGAGCGCAAUGGCUAUUACUCAAAGAUGCUUGAACUGCAGAGUGACUUACAAGAGAAUCAAAAGAAGGUAGGAGAAAUGGAGGCGGAGCUAAAGAGAGCCAACAACAAAGUAUGUAAUAUGGGACACCUGCUCAGCCAGCUGUCCAUCAAGGUCAACAAUAGUGAAAAUAUGGAGCAGCAGAUGGCUUUUUUGAAUAAACAGUUGCUGCUUUUGGGUGAAGCCAACAGGUUAUGCGCGGAGGAAAUUGAGCGCUUGGGACCUGAGGCAAGCAAGGAGUUAAAGAUGCAGCAGGCGUCUUCACUACGAGAGGUGGAGCGUUUGAAGCAGAGCUCCAUCCAGCAGAGUCAGAGACUGGAGGCAGCCCAGCAGCGCAUCACUGACCUGGAGACCCAACUCACCAAGAAAGAGCAAGUCAUGCGUGAGCAAAAGAAAUUGCUGGAGAAUGUCAAAAGCCAUGCCAUGGAGCAACUGCAUGCUUCAGAUAACCGGUAUUUGGCACAGAAGCACAUCACUCAGGCUUUACAAUCAGAGCUUCUUGAGCUCUACAGCCAAAUAGAGCUCAAGAAGUUGCACACAAGUUCACCAGCAGAGUGCACCACAGAGACUAGCAGCUCCACCAAUCAGAGGCCAAAUCACAACAAAACUGGCCCACCUGCUUCAUCUCCAUCGGCUGACCCAAAGAAAAGAGAGGAAGCUGCGUACGUGUGUUUCAAUGGUGAAGUUUCUGCCACGUCUUCUCAUACGCCACCCACGGCGCUCAUUAAUGGCAGUCAGGAAGAAGAGCUUUCCGGCCUCCGCCGUUCAUUUUCCUCCCUUCCCUGCGACUCCCCGCUGGCAGUUGGCUCUUACCCCAGUACCGGAAGCUUUUUGGGUAAGCGUGCCAGAGAGCUCUUCCGUAAUAAGAGCGAGAGCCACUACGAGGAGGAGCCGGAUGCCCACACCUGCUUCUCUCAGGAUCUAAAAGCGGAACCGGGCACAGACCCUUCAAAGAACGUGGAGCUUGAAGGGCCUAAUGACCAGGCUGACCUACAACCCAUGGACAGACCCCGGGCGUAUAAUAUUCAGCGGAGGAGACAGCAGGAUCUGCGAAUAAUGGAUUACAAUGAGACCCAUCACGAGCAUUGAUUGUAUACUGCUGAUGUGAUCGUCUGCAGUUAAAAGAGGACCCAGUAUUAGACUGCACCACUCUUUUUCUUAAGAGCGGUCGACAAAGUUUUAGUUCGUUUUAAAGCCAAAAAAAUUAUGAAGUUAACGAAGAAUUAAGUGUAAUUCAGUUUGUCUAUUUUUAAAUUGCCAUUCGAUGUUUAGCCGUACUGGUUAUAUUGUGUGGCAAUUGGAUGUUACUCGCUCCCCACAGUACUUUCCAGCAAACGUGUUGCCUUAAUCCUUGUUUUCUUUUGUAACAGAAUCCUUUGGGUUUUAAUCCAUCCACGCAAAAUUACCCUUUGAAUCACAGCGAGAUAAGUAGCAUUGUUAAAUACUGCUAAUACGACUGAAAUCGCACAAUAUCAAGUGUGAUUAUUGUGGUCACUUUCAGAGCACUGUAAAUAGUUUAAACCUCAAUCAAUCUGAUAAAAAUGUGAAUAACCCAAAAGCUGUGUAGGUAAGCUAGAGGCAAGUCGAAUAAGAAAUCACAUUUAGUUGCUAAGGCUAGACUUGUGUGUAUGCUUCGCCUAAAGAGAAAACGAGUAAGGAAACGUUACAAUUGUAGUUCUAGGAAUAGAUUUUAUUGUUAUGCAUCUGUUGCGUUUGUAUAGCUCAGUCACCAGUGCAAUAAUUUUGAGCAAAACACUUCAUGUCAGAUCUAAGGUGUAAUAAGUAAUGAUGGGGACAAAAGGGAUUUGUUUGUGCUGCUUUGCAGAGCCUUACAGAACAUGGGUUAUGCUGCUGCUGUACAGUAUGUGUGUUUAGUGCAUCCUGUUGAGACCGCAGCUUUGUUUCGACAGCUGUAACUAUCAAGAAAUCUGAAAAAUAUCCAAUGUAUAGCAUACAAACGGGAUUGCUACAAUACUUUCACACACUAAACUGGGAACGGAAGCUUCAAACUGUAAGCUUGUCCUCUAAAAGGCUUGCUCUGUUAUUUUCUUUUAUCUCCAUGUUACAAAGGUCAGACCCCAUCUGUAAAGGAAAGGCUUAAUAUAAUGGGCUGCAGCUGGCUAAAGGAAAAGCAUUUCUUUUAAUUCAGGCUUUCUUCGGAUUGCAGAACACUAGUAGACCAAUAGACUUGCCUCUUUAUAAAAUCUUGCCCCAGGGGUUUGCUUUCAAGAUAAAGGUUGGAAUAUGUGAAGCACUGUUUAAUGGCUUUAGCUGGUCAGCUGGGCAAGGGGUUUACAAUGAUCAAUACAUUCAAAUGUAUGGAAAUCACUGCUGUUUCUCUUUCUCUUCUGACUAUCACAGUUCACCGUAAAUGUGAUCCUAUAACUUUGUUUCACUAAACAUUGCUUUCCGUUUUUAAUACCUAAAGCCCUUCUCAAACAUUUUGUCAUUUCACAAAAUGCCUUAUUGAAAAGUGUAGGAUGCCUGUUUCUUACCUGAACCAUUUGUCGAAAGUUAUCUGAACUAUUGUACAGCUGGACGAUGACAGGUGCAACGGGUAACCAGGGACUUUUUGUUUAGAAAUACUAUUUUGAAUCCAAGAAGACAAACCUGAGAGCUGUUCUCCUACUUGUUAAGCUAUGAGCAACAAAAAUAAAAAUAUAUAUUUUGCAAA